ACCUACAUGUACACCCUCUCCCUCUCCCUCUCCCAUAUCGCUCUCCAGAUCGCUGGAGACCCAGCGCCCACAUGCCAUACCACCCCAAACGGCGCCGAAGAUCUCUGCCCCAACCCCCCACCGGCCCGCUACUUGCCGGGAAGGAACCACCAUCCAAAAUGUACCUCUCCCUAACCCGCAACCAAUUCCUCCUCGUCCUCCUCGGCCUCGCCGCCAUCCUCACCCUCUCCGUCGACUACUCCCUCGCCUCCGCCCGUCAGCUCCACAAACGGUGCUGUACACCCACGGACCUCAAUAAACUCGCUGCGCUAUCCGCACCGCAGAAUCUGACGAUAACAGGGUCAACUCUUGCACCGUUCCUUAUUCCACGAGUGUCGGGGACAGCGAAUAACGCGAAAGUGCAGCAACAUAUAAAAGCGGUUUUCAAAGAGCUGGGUUGGGAUAUAGAAGAGGAUACCUUCACAGACACGACCCCACUAGGUCCCAAAACGUUCACCAACAUAAUAGUCACCAAAAACCCCUCGGCACGGCGCAAACUCCUCCUCGCCGCCCAUUUCGACUCCAAAUACUUCCCAGGUCAAGAUUUCAUCGGCGCAACCGAUUCCGCCGCCCCAUGUGCCAUCUUGGUCGACGUCGCAAAGACAUUGGACCCAUUCAUGACCGCAUCGCCGGACCCGUCGCUGACGUUACAGAUUGUGUUCUUUGAUGGAGAGGAGGCGUUCGUGGAGUGGUCCGCCACGGACUCGUUGUAUGGGUCCCGCCACCUCGCGGAGAAGUGGGAGGCGACGUAUGUGAUGGGCGGGGGCGCACCACCCUCCUCUGGGGCUGCGAAAGUGUCCCCAGAAGGGCAUGCGACGAACAUAUUACAAACAAUCGACGCCCUGAUCCUCCUCGACCUCCUCGGCUCUGAAACCGACAGUUCCGGCGGCGCCGUGCAUAUCUGGAACUCGCAGAGACCCACCACACACUUAUGGGACAAACUCGUCUCCAUCCAAUCCGCGCUCGUCAAACAGGGGUUGGUAUCCCCGCAUCUAAGCGGCCGGGUUGACGCGCAGGGGCAGGGGGGAUAUUUCAUGUCCGGCGAUUUGGGUUUGAAUGUGCAGAUUGAGGACGACCAUGUCCCGUUUUUGAAGCGGGGGGUGCCGAUCGUGCAUGUUAUCCCGCAGGUGUUUCCGAGGGUGUGGCAUACGCUGGCGGAUAGCAGUGAGGCGAUCGUGCCGGAGAUUGUGGCGGACUAUGCGUUGAUUUUUAGGGUUUUUGUGGCGGAGUAUUUGGGGUUGGUUGUUCCAUAGCGCUGGGGUUCCAUACCCAGCAACUUGUAUAUAUUGCGCAUCUCAAUAUCCAUACGCGGAUAGGACAUAAUCCGCAAUACACUCCCACCGCAUGUUCGCACAAUAGAGAAACCCUGGGCUUGGGAAUAAAGCCCUAUAUGUACGCCACACAAAACGGCAAUCCAUACUGCAUAUUUCAAAAAUCGUAUCUCUUCCGACCCGGUUCACGACGCAGGCGUCUGCCGCUGAUUCACCGCCGACAAAGGCGGCUCCCCCCUCCACCUCCCCGCAACCUCCCGAUCC